AUUUUCCAUUGGUUGGUUUCAAUGCUAAUUAGUGGGGAAAAACAGCUUUCAGCUAUUUAGAGAGGAAGAAGGAGGGCGAAUCGUUUGGCGGCUAGCUUAAAAAGGCAAAUAAGCACGCUAAGAGGAUGGACUCGGCUCGCAGUGGAAAUAUUUGUAGGCGUUUUAUAAAUGGCUUUUGCAGAUUUGGCCUAAGCUGCAAGUACAGACAUGAGAUCACCCCUAUGCCUGCAUCCCAAAUAUGCCGGUACUUUCAGAAAGGUGUAUGUUGGUAUGGUGAACGUUGCAGGUUUUUCCAUAUCCUUCUGCCUCAAGUUGGCCCAGCAUUUUCAGGUAGAAGGGGUUCAGUACCUGCUGCCUCCUCCAGUGUGGCCCACCCUCUCGAAAGAAGAGGGUCAGAACCAGCUCUUUGGCGUGCUACUUUCCCAUCCAGGCAGAAAUGCAGUGGAUCACAUUCAGCAGUUUAUGCCUUAAAUCCUCAGCAAGACACUGGGCACCUGCCAGAAUAUAUUGUAGAGGAACAGUCACAAGAAGAUUACGUGGCGUCAGCCCAGAGUUCAGGUAUUGCUCAGGCAAGUGCAUGGCUGGGGAGACAUGAGGAACCCUCUAGAUCUGAGACACUGGAAGGUGGAGCCACAGCAGCUUGCAAUGAAAAAAGUGAAGAGACUCUGGCUUUCCUGCAGAGCAAAAAUGUGGUCUGUGGGAUCUGUAUGGAAAAAGUCUAUGAAAAGGAGAAUCAGAGAGACCGUGUUUUUGGGAUUUUGCCAAACUGCAAUCAUCCCUUCUGUUUUCAAUGUAUCACGACCUGGAGGAAAACAAGAGAUAUUGCGCUUGACGUUGUAAGGACUUGCCCUCAGUGUCGAGUCAGGUCUGCCUUUUAUGUGCCAAACAAAUACUGGGUGGAAGGUCAAGAGAAGCAAAAUGUAAUUGAUUCUUUCAAGAAGAGAUUUAGUAAGAAGAGAUGCCACUACUUAGACAAAUAUAGAUGUUGUCCCUUCAAAGAGGAUUGUCUUUAUAGACAUGGCUCGGAUUCAGAUCAUACGGAGUUUUCAUAUAUCUCGCAUGACAAUGAGGAUGAAGGUCUUACUGAGCUGCUUGGUUUUUUCAUGAACACAAGCCUUCUUGAUAGUGAAGAUCCGAAGGAGGACCUUCUCUUUUUUCUAUAUGAAGAUAUUGGGUUCUGAGCCUCUUGGACUUUUUUUUUUUUUUUUUUCUUGGUAGUCUAAAGUAGUCACUCUGCCUUAUCAGGGAUAGUAGUCUGUGCUCCUUUAAAAUGUUGAAUGUAAUCUGACCUUUGACUUGGUCACAGAAAGCAGAUUAACUCGCUAAUGUUCUUAAAAACAAAGAAGAAAUGGUGUCCAAAAACUUCAUUAGAAAUGUAUGGAAAUUUAGAUUCUGCUCUUGCUGUAAGGAUGCCAAAUUAAAAGUCUUUGGUUUUUGUCCUUGAUCUUGUUGAUGAGCUUUGAUUACUUGUUCUUGUCCUGCAGCAACCUGCCUCCCCUCCCUGCUUCCCCUUAACCUCUCCUCAUAUUUGAUUGCUCAACUUAACUUUAGGCAAUCAUGAAAUUUUAAAAAAAUUGUGUGGUUUUAAUUUUCAAAAGCUACAAAGUGUACCAUUUCCCCCUUAUUCAUCUUCAAUUCUGAUGCCAACGUCAAGACAAAGUUGUGUUUUCCUAGUUUUUGGCAAGAAUAUAAGAUGUUUAGCUUUUAUUACUUUUUUUUAAAAAAUGUACACUGGAAAUAAAAAAUAUCACACUUUUGUUUCACUGAAAA